AAUAAAGUGUCGCACUCUGUCAUAGAAAUCAGUACACGUUACAUCCGGUAUAUUUCUUCGUCGGUGGCAGACUGCAGAUAUGGCAGCCUUUUCUGAAAUGGGUGUGAUGCCUGAGAUUGGUCAGGCGGCGGAGGAAAUGGACUGGCUACUUCCAACAGACAUUCAGGCUGAGUCCAUUCCUUUAAUUCUUGGAGGAGGAGAUGUGCUCAUGGCUGCAGAGACCGGUAGUGGGAAGACUGGGGCCUUCAGCAUUCCAGUCAUUCAGAUCGUGUAUGAAACACUGAAGGACCAGCAGGAGGGGAAGAAGGGGAGAGCUUCGGUCAAGACGGGCGGUGCAGUGAUGAACAAAUGGCAGAUGAACCCAUACGACAGAAGCACGGCUUUUGCGAUUGGUCCAGAUGGAAUGUGCUGCCAAAGCAGAGAGUUCAAGGAGUGGCACGGGUGUCGCUCCACAAAAGCAGUGACAAAGGGGAAGUACUACUAUGAAGUAUCUUGCCACGACCAAGGUCUGUGCCGAGUGGGGUGGGCCACAGCCAAAGCUGCCCUGGAUUUAGGCACGGAUAAAUACGGAUUUGGAUUUGGAGGAACGGGGAAGAAGUCUCACAACAAGCAGUUUGAUAGUUACGGAGAGGAAUUUACCAUGCAUGACACCAUAGGAUGCUACCUGGACUUGGAUAAUGGUCAUUUGUUAUUUUCCAAAAAUGGGAAGGAGUUGGGUUUGGCUUUUGAGAUCCCAGCGCAUUUAAAAAAUGAGCCAUUCUACACUGCUUGUGUCUUAAAGAAUGCCGAGCUGAAGUUUAAUUUCGGCGAAGAAGACUUCAAAUUCACCCCCAAAGAAGGCUUCGUGGCUCUGUGCCAGGCUCCGGAGAAGUAUAGCGUGAAGUCGACUCAGUCAGGAAGUGCCCAAGUGAGUCAGGUGAAGAACAUGUCCAAUGCGCCGAAGGCCCUCAUCGUGGAACCAUCGAAAGAGCUUGCCGAGCAGACGCUCCACGUCGUCAACCAGUUCAAGAAAUACGUGGAUAAUCCUCACCUGAGGGACCUGUUAAUCAUCGGAGGCGUGGCCGCCAAAGAACAGCUCUCCGUCCUGGAACAAGGGGUCGACAUAGUUGUUGGAACGCCCGGUCGACUGGAUGACCUCAUCUCGACCGGAAAGCUGAACCUCUCUCAAGUGCGGUUCCUGGUUCUGGAUGAAUGCGAUGGGCUCCUCUCAGCAGGAUAUACUGAUUUCAUCAUGAGAAUCUACAACCAGAUUCCCCAGAUUACAUCUGAUGGAAAGAGAUUACAGGUGAUCGUGUGCUCGGCGACGCUGCACUCCUUCGACGUGAAGAAGCUGUCGGAGAAGAUCAUGCACUUCCCCACCUGGGUGGACCUGAAGGGCGAGGACUCCGUGCCGGAGACGGUCCACCACGUGGUGGUGCCCGUCAACCCCAAAACCGACCGGCUGUGGGAGAAGCUCGGCAAGAACCACAUCCAGACGGACGAAGUGCACGCUAAGGACAACACGAGGCCCGGCACCAACUCGCCAGAAAUGUGGUCUGAGGCCAUUAAAAUCCUGAAGGGGGAGUACGUCGUCAGAGCCGUCAAAGAGCACAAGAUGGAUCAGGCCAUCAUCUUCUGCAGGACCAAAAUAGACUGCGACAACAUGGAGCAGCACUUCAUCAAGCAGGGUGGAGGACCGGACAGGAAAGGACACCAGUUAUCCUGCGUCUGUCUCCAUGGAGACAGGAAACCCCAGGAGCGCAAGCAGAACCUGGAGCGGUUCAAGAGACAGGAAGUGAAGUUCUUGAUCUGCACCGACGUGGCGGCGCGAGGGAUCGAUAUCCGCGGCGUUCCGUACGUGAUCAACGUCACUCUGCCGGAUGAGAAGCAGAACUACGUUCACCGUAUCGGAAGGGUGGGGAGAGCUGAAAGGAUGGGUUUGGCCAUAUCGAUGGUGGCUAUGGAGAAGGAGAAGGUGUGGUACCAUGUGUGUGCCAGCAGGGGGAAGGGCUGCACCAAGACCUGGCUGAAGGAGGAUGGAGGAUGCACCAUAUGGUACAAUGAGAAAGAGCUCCUGUCCGAAAUCGAGGAGCACCUGAAGUGCACCAUCACCCAGUGCGAGCCGGACAUCAAAGUGCCCGUGGACGAAUUCGACGGGAAGGUGACCUACGGCCAGAGGAGGGCCACCGGAGGUGGGAUGUAUAAGGGUCACGUGGACGUGCUGGCCCCCACGGUCCAGGAGCUGGCCAGUCUGGAAAAGGAGGCCCAAACAUCCUUCCUGCAUCUGGGCUACCUACCCAAUCAGCUGUUCAGAGCUUUCUAGAAGGAGUCACUGCCAGGAAACUAGCACUACAGAAUAGCUACAUUACAAAUCUACAGAAGUUUGUUUUAUUUGCAGCUUAGCUGAAACUCUUUAUUUCGACACAAUUAAGUGGAAUUAAAAAAUUGGCAUUUAAAAAUAUGCUUUCAUCUGUAAACAAACAGUGUAAUAUGGGUUAUGUUCUAUGAGGCAAGUUACUUUGAAAUAAAGUGCAAUUAGCAAAAGCAA